AAUGUUUAUGUAGGAAUACAAGACCUAAAACGUUAGAUGGUACCAAGCUCGACGGGCACAUUGUGGGAAUAUUUAAAAUUGGCCACGUGUUGUUCUUGCUGCUGCUGCUGCUAGCCGAGCAGCUACCCAUACGACAUUUUUAGCUUUUAGUUAUUUUAGAUUGCCCCGACAAGCUUACCGUGCAAGUGCAAUUUGAAAAUAUGUUAACCCUGCGAUUUUGUGCGCCAAAGAAACGCCAGCAACGCGAAGGAGAAGAAGAUAUUGCAGCUGUUCGUGUCAAGGCGUAUACGCGAUAUUAACAAGAGCAACAAGAGCUACAACAACAACAGCAUUGAACAACAGCGGACUUGGACUCGGAAUCCCCCCGCCGAGGCAGGGGAUAAAUUUAUACAGGCUCCAGCGGCCCAACGCCGCCAGACAGCCAAUGUGACCCAGUUAAGGCCAAAGGAUUUAGCUGGCCAAGGACCGCGAAGUAAGGAACCGAAUCGGGGAACCGAAACGAGUUACGCGAUACGCGAUACGCGGAGUUCGGGGCGCGAAACACGUCCAAUUCCAGACUCGACACGGAGCAAGGAUUAUCAAUUUGCUUGGCACUUUAAUGGAGUUGGCCAAGAUGCCGGGGCGCCUGAUCCCGCUGUUGGCCCUGCUGCUCAUCUGUUUGCCGGCCAUCAGAGGGCAGUCGGAGGAGACAUCAAUAUUAAACAGCAAUGGAACAAAUGGGCGAGCAUUUCAAAGGACUCAAUCAAGGCGCGAGGCAUUAAUUCCGGCGACAACGCAAAUGGCCCAGACGUUGAACAAAGCCAGCACAUUUGGGCCAACAAUGGCUGCAGCAGCUUUGGAUGCAGCAGCUCCGCCGAAUCGCUCCCGCAACAAUGUCGCCAUUAAUAACAUUAGCAACAAUGGCGAUCAGCGGCUGAGGCUGACCGCUGCCCUCGAGGCGAAUCUGAUUAUGAGCAAUCGGAAUGUCCAGGAGCAGCACAGCUAUAGAAUCACGCAGGACAACGCCACAUCUCUAGCUUCGAUUGCCCUGAAUGCAACGACGUUCGGCUUCCCUCUUCCCCUUCUGCCAACAACACCAGACCCUGCCACAACAACACCAUCAACAACAACAACAACAACAACGAGGCGAACAACACGCCGCCCGGUGGCAACAACAACGCUGAAGCCACCGCCAACAAUAGAUGAUUACCAGACAAUAAUUAGCCAGGCCGGCACCCAUGCCUAUCUGCCAUGCAAUGUCAAGCAGCUGGUGAAAAAGCCGAUUUCCUGGUUGAGGAUGAGGGACGGGCACAUACUUACCGUUGACCAAACCACCUUCAUCGCGGAUCAACGUUUCCAAUCGGUCUUCUCACCGAAUCCAGAACGCUGGUCACUGCAGAUCAAGUAUGUGCAGCUCAAGGAUGAGGGAACCUACGAGUGCCAGGUGUCCACGGAGCCCAAAGCCAGCGCCAUUGUCCAUCUAAGGAUUGUAGAGCCGAAAACCGAAUUAAUUGGCGAGUCAACGCGACAUGUGAAGGCCGGAAGUCAAGUGAAAUUGCGUUGCAUAAUUAGCCAGGCUCUGGAGCCGCCGCUUUUCAUUAAUUGGUUUUACAAUCAGAAGCAAAUCUAUUUGCAUAAUCGUCGCGGUUGGCGUACGGAAAUUGAACGCAUCGAUCUGCCAGCGGAAGUGCCAACCACCAGCACUACUACCACAACGACAACAACCACUACAACUACAACUGCAACCGCCAGCACUUCGGCAGCAACACCAUCGACAGCAGCCACAACAGGAUCAACAGGAGCAGCAACAUCCUCGGAGACGGUUAAUGGUUUGGUAACCAUAACACGUUCAUAUAUUCUAGAUGCCAUAUCCCAGAAUGACGUAUCCGAAAUGGGGGCUGCUGCUGCUGCUGCUGCAGGAGUAGCUUUUGUCACGGAGACGACGUCAACAGCUCAGCUCGUAGCUGAGGUGGAUGCAACAUCUUCGACUUCUGGGACGUCGACGGGAGGAGGACUUCUUAGCCCAACAAGUUCAACUUCCUUGGCAGGAGCAACAGCAGCAACUUCUGCGACAGGUGAAACCACAUCAGCAGCAGCAACAACCAGCUCCUGGCUGACAACAACAGAAGCUGAAGCGGCAACAACUCCUGCCACAACAACGACAACCAUGCUGCCAAGCAGCAGUUUCAUUAAGCAGAUAACAACGGCUUCUCUCAUCAUUCCGGCCGUAGUCAAACUGGAUUCCGGAAACUACACGUGCAGCCCCUCGAACAGUGCCCCCCGCACCAUAGUGCUCCACGUGCUGAACGGUGAAUAUUCAGCCUCGGCCAUUAAGUCGGGCAGUGUCAGCUGGAGUGCGCUAAUUGGAUGUCACGGCUAUUUGCACUGGCGGAAUGUUUCAACGCUUCUGACACUUUUGUGGAUUAUUAAAUUUGCACUGGCCAGGAACAUCUGCCAGCCGAAUGCCAGCAAAGCCACCGCAAGGGCAUUGGUCACAGGAGCAGCAGUAGAAGUUGAAAAAACAGUGCUAGUAGAGGGAGAAGAAACAGAAGCCAAAUCAGAGGCCAACUUCAUCAGAGUCAGCAGCUCAAUUAGUGCCACCAAAGUGGCAGAGGACAAGACUUGAGUUGUCCUCAGGCUUUCGCCUGAGAUUUUACCCAUUAAAGGAGGCUACGAAUUAAGAUUUUACUCGAUUUAAAUACGUAUUAAAGCAGAGAGUAAGAAGGUCACCCAUCACCAAGGCAAUACAUACAGGACGACAUCCAUGGAAUCUAUAUUAAUAACCAUACGACUCUCUAUUCAUAUUUGUUUUCCAUCUGAGUGUAAAUUAAUAUUGAGAAUCACGCCUAGUUUCCGGCAUAUCGUAUACUUUGAUUCAAAUGUUGCAAGAAUUGUGUAAAUAGAAUGCACAGAACUCGCCUUUAACGAAUAAGAAGAUUUGCCCUUAAGUUGAUCAAUUGGAAUCUGCCAUGGUUGUAUCAUAUAUAAGUUAACCAAUCAUAUUGAUAUUGCAAGCAUAGCAUUAGUCCCUAAUACAUUGUCAAGACAGCUGGUGUUUGAAGAGAAUUUUAUGAAAUAAAAUCAAGUAGUUCAGCAAACUGGCAGAAUACGAACUAAAUGUGAAACUAACCUUAAGUUUCCUUGGUUUCCUUAAGCUAUAAAUUGUAAAUAUGUACGUAUACCUUCUGAUAUCUGUAUGAAUACCCCUGAUUUUUUAAGACUAAAACUACAUUCUAUGCCUAAAGGAUAAUGGUAAUUGAAUAUUGAAUACAAGUGUACAUAAACGGGUGUUACUGCGUUCCAUUCAAAUAAAUAACCGAAGCAAGCCAAAAACUUAAUGUAAACAUUAGUUAGUAUAUAAAAGACUUACUAAAAUUUUAGACGCAGCCAAGCCAAGGAAGGAAAAAACCCAAAACUUAAAACAAAACCAAAACUUAAUCAACUAAAUAAACAGAAUAGUAAGGAGUUGCUCCAACGUUGCGUAUACUUGAUUUGCAACAUCAAAUUUUAAGAGAAUGAAAAUCAAUUGAAACGAAAUGAAGUGUUUGCAAUAAUUCUUAAGCCAUAACAAAUAAGUGAGAUACAAAUAAAUAAAAUACAAUUUCUUCAAUGGA